AGUUCUGUCGUGUUUUCAUUGUUCAUUGUUGUUAUUCGAUUCAAAACACACCUCUUUGUUUAUUUCUGGCUUAAGAGCACAUUUUUGACCAGAUAUAAUAAGUUGCAAGCGAUUUGUUGGCUGGAAAAUGGAACCCUGUGAAUUGGAAUUUAUUGGCGAGAACGAGACAAUUGGUAUUAUACCGAAUUUCACACAAGACAAUGCCAUCCACUUGAUAUCGGGAUCGAUUGGUCCGUUUCGUGCUGGUAUGCCGGUUCAUGUACCAUUGUGGUUGGCAAUCCACUUGCGAAAACAGCAAAAGUGCCGUCUCGUGCCGCCGGUUUGGAUGGAUAAGGACAUCUUGGAGGAGAUCAAAGAAGCUGAAAAGCGAAUGAAAAUAUUCACAAAAAUGCCCAGUGAACACUACAUGAUUGAGGCGCAGUUGAUUCUGAAGUGUGCAGCCGAGGAUGUGGCCCAUUCGGAGGAGAUUCGAACGGCAAUCAAAGACAUCAUUGAUAUUCGAGCGGCCAAAUUACGAACUUCAAUGGAUGACUUCAUGAAAGGCGAUGGAACAUACGCGAAAUUGGACAAUUUGACGGUGUUUGAGAUACAUUCAGUGCGGCCACUGCUACCAUAUUCAUUGGAUCUAAUCGAUCGUCUCAGUCAUAAGGUCGAUGAACGCAAUAGCCAUCAAUCGUCUCACUUCAAUUCCACGGUCAAUUUCUCAUUCAAUUCUCACUCGAAUGUUCAAUAAAGAGUCAUUUCUAUUUAUUAGAUACUUUGUAUAAUUUUAAGAGCCCAAAA